AUGGAACCCCAAAAAAAGGAGGUGACCAAAAAGGGCUGGUAUGCUGACACCAACCUAGAUGUGGCGAUAAAAAUUUGCGGGGCGGACUUAAAUCCGCACGAAACAGGAAGCCAAGAAGGAAUCGCCUGGAUCAAAGUAAACGGGAUUAUGAUUGUUGCAUGUUACAUAUCCCCUAAUGUACAAUACGAGGUAUUCUCCAACUACCUUUUGAAACUACAGAUGCUACUAAAUGCCCACAAAACAAGCAAAAUAGUACUAGGGGAUUUUAACGCCCAUUCGCCCUUAUGGGGAGGCACCCGAACGGAUAAAAGAGGCGACGCUCUCAGCGAGCUGAUCCAUCAAGAACAUAUGACCGUGCUGAACGACGGAAAAGUUCCGACCUGGGAAUGCAAAAACCGUUUCUCAUUCAUAGACGUAAGUGCCGUGACGGACUCCUUUAGAGCGCAGGUCAAAAAAUGGCGGGUGCGGGAGGACAUAGAAAGUAUGAGCGACCACCCUUACCUGACUUUUGAAAUAGACCUAAUGCAACAAACAUCAAACAACACAAAGCUAUCCCCAAGUCAUCCAUGGCGCCUAUCAAGAAAAAAUAAAGACCGACUAAGUAAGAAGCUCAAACAACUAGCGAAAAAAUUGGAGAAAGACAAGGACUCGGCCGCAAACAAAUGGAGCCAGCUGCAAUCCCUGGUUGAAGAGGCAUGUCGAAGCACGCUCGAAUUUAAACUUGGGGAAAGGUCAGGCAAAACCACAGUGCAAGCCAUGCAAAAAGUAUAUGCCAAAUGGCGGAUAGAACAAACACGGGGCCAUACAGCAAAAGAGGAAAGUCUGCGCACUGAGUCACCUUAG